AUAACAAAUAUCUACCCUGAAGUUUCAGAUUGUCCACUGGAUUUGAGUUGGCCUAAUUUUACUUUAGCAGCUUCUUCCUGUUCAACUCGAAGUGGAAGAGCAAAAUGUUGUCGCUAUAUGAAUGCUUUUGUCACAGUUUCUCUUGCUCGGUAUGCAAAGACAACAGGAAAUCUAGGAGUUCCAGCAUCAUUAACUGAUAUUUGCCUCAAUCAUGUAUCUGAAAACUUAAAUUCGUAUGGAAUUCCACCCAAUGCCACUAUAUUUUGUGGGUUAGGAGAAAAAAUUCAUGUUUCAAAUCAGUGCCAGGGUAGAUCAACUGUCUUAGAAAUGCUACAGUCACCUAAUUUCGAUGAUGUUAUUAGAAACUGCAAGAUGCCACUUUCAAAUGAAAAUAGUUGCAGGAGGUGCUUAAACUCUGAUAUUCUUUACCUUCGCCAUCUUAUUGGAGUACAAGAUAAUGUCACGUUAAGUACUUGUCGUGAUGCAGCUUUCGUUGCGCUUUCAACUCAAGGAGACAACUUUUCACCUAUUGAUUUCGCAGGUUGCUUCUUUAGUGUCAAGGAGCUUGCCAUUCAUCCAGUGAAUGAUUCAGAACCACCUUCUCAGCCACUCGGACCUGAAGCUUCUCCAAGUCCGGUGUCCUCCAAAGCUCCUGCAGAGCACCUAAUUGCACAUUCACCUCUCAAGAAACAUCGCCACAAACAUUGGUUUAAAUUGAUUACAUCCAUUGGCAUUAUGGUCAUUGGCUCGGCAAUUCUAUUGUUGGUAAUCUUGAUUCUACUUAUUCGAAAGAAAAGUAGAGAGCUCACGAGUGAAGGCGCUCCUAUUGAGAUAUCAUCUGUUGCUUCCCCGUAUAGAAAAAUUCGAAAGAAUCAAAGAGGCCAGAUAAGUGUUUUCAGAAGGUACAGUUACAGAGAGAUAAAGAAGGCAACUGACAAUUUUAACAACACCAUUGGAAGAGGAGGAUUUGCUACAGUCUAUAAAGCACAAUUUGAUGAUGGCUCGAUUGCUGCUGUAAAACGGAUGAAAAGAUUUUCACAGCAUGGGGAAAAAGAAUUUUAUCGGGAAAUGGAGCUUAUUGGCAAAUUGCAUCAUCGCCAUCUUCUUUCUCUCAGGGGUUUUUGCCUUGAGAGACAUGAAAAGUUCCUACUAUAUGAAUAUAUGGAAAAUGGGAGCUUAAAGGACCAUCUCCAUUCACUUGAAAAAGCUCCAUUGGCAUGGCAUACUAGAAUCCAAAUUGCCAUUGAUGUGGCUAAUGCUCUGGAGUACCUGCAUUUCUAUUGUGAUCCUCCUCUCUGUCACAGUGACAUAAAGUCCAGCAAUAUACUUUUGGAUGGUAAUUUCCUAGCAAAGGUUGCUGAUUUUGGUCUUGCUCAUGCUUCAAGAAGUGCUGCAACCAGUUUUGAACCAGUGGAGACAAUUAUCCAGGUAACCCCAGGUUAUGUAGAUCCAGAGUUUGUGGUGACUCAGGAGCUAACUGAAAAAAGCGAUGUGUAUAGUUACGGUGUGCUUCUUUUAGAGCUUUUCACCGGUAAACGAGUAAUACACAAUAACAUAACUCUACUCGAAUGGUCUCAAGAAUUCAUGGAUUCGGACUCCAAACUCUCUGAAUUGAUUGAUCCAAGGAUAUCCAACUCCUUCAACAUAGAACAGUUCCAAGUUAUAGUCAGAAUAAUUCAGUGGUGUACCGAGAGAGAAGGAACAAUGAGACCAACAACUACACAAGUUAUUAGAUUGCUUUAUGAGAGAUUGGACCCUUUACACAGUGCCUUUUUGCAAGCAAUGGAAGAUGAAGGAGACUGUGGUGUUCAAAGGGAAUCAAACCGAGAUGAGCAGAUUAUUGCUUUCAGUGGGGAUCCGAGAUACCUGUCAUCUUCAGGCACUUCGAGAUCUUAUUGUAGUCGUAGCGUUUUGUUAGAGAGUAGUCCACAUUCCCCUAAUGGUGUUUUCUCUACUUGAGAUUUUUAUGUGCAAAUUUUUGUAUUGGUUUGCAUUUUUGUUCAUGAUUUUGAUGCUUAUUCUUUGUUGUUUGUGAUGAGGAAUUGUUGAUUCUGCUCCCUGCCUUUGAGAGAAGUUCUAUGUACAUUUUACUCAGAUGCGUAUUUAUUUUCUUUUGAUCUUGUAUUAAAUCUAACCGAUAUUUUGAUCAGUGAAGAAUUUACGGCUCA